AUGUCCUCAUUUUCAACCACCAAAAUUCGGGCAAACACAAUACACGAAAACACCAUGGGCCGAUAUUACAAGGGUUCAGCUGAACCCUGGGAUGAGUGUGACUGGUGUCUCGCGAAAACAGGCUGGAGCCAACGGCCCUGUCUUUACCGCACUUUUCCAGAAGGAUUGUCAUCCUUAAGACGGAAGGAGUGUGAAGACGUGCGCACACGGAACGCAGCCAAGCGAAAUAAGACGUUGCCAAAAGCCCACAGGAGGGCCAUGAGGGCGGCGCCGGCAGCGGCAGCCGAGGCCAAGCACAAGGCAAUUCCGAAUUCAACCAUCCGUACGAACAUCACCAAUGCCUUGGUUGUCGACGGGCUCAGCAACCUUGAUGAGAGGACGCCCUUGGAAGCCGAUGGCGGGAAGGACACCGGGACGGAGGCGAGAACGGAGGCGAGGACGGAGACUGAAACCAAAGAAGAGGUGUGUCCGUUGCCUGCUGUAUCAAAACCAACACCAAAACUGGAACAUCGCCACGCGAACGACCCGAGGAAAACACAACAGCGACAGCCGAAAUCAUGCACCGGGCUAAAGGGGGUGAUCGACGAGGGCGUUGGCCUAUCAUCUGACGACGGCGAUGUCGCGAGAAUACACGCAUCGAACUGGAAAGCGUGGCCACGGGGCCAGGAGCCAAUUGCAGCUGAUGCAACCGGCGAGGACAAGGAGGUUGCGGAACUCGUUCGGCAGGGAUUCAUUGGCGUCGAGGAGCUUCGGGUGGGUCGUGAUGACAUUGGGGGGGAUGUGUGUCCCUGCACUGUUCGGUUUAUUGAAGCAAGGAAGAAGGGGAGGAGGGGGGAUAAUUGUGGGCGGCAAGGGGUGCAAGUUGUGGGACAUGGGCCGUUGCACGCGGAGUUGGAGUCGGAUUGGUGGUAUCUGGAUGACGAGGCGUACGCCCAGCUUUUGAGCGACGGGGGGGCCCGAGCUGGUGCACUGGAGCGAAACGUCGUCCUUCGUACAUGUAGAUUGAAGAGAGCAGCAGUGGGUGGUCUGGUGAUUUCUGUCCACAACAAGAACCUCGGUUGCGGAUGGCCGGCGAGAAUACAUGGACGAGCACGGCCUGAAAAGCAAAUCCUUGGAGGGAAAUUCCUAAUGCAUCUAUCUACCUACCACCCGUAA